AUCCAGAGUUGCUCUUUCGCACGUUGGCAAGGUCCUUACACUUCUCCAGCAGCGACGACGGAGUGGGCCCCUGCGCCUCAAGGUAGCAGCCGCGGGGGCCAUGGUGAAGGAGGUGCACUUCAGCUUAUUUCGCUCCGCAUCCGGCCCUCUGCGGGAGUCGGACGCACGAACGGACGAGGGAGAUGCGCCGAGCACCUCGGGGCAAGCGGCCAAGUCGUUCACCUGUGGCACCCGAACGCGGCGCAGCUCCGGUGUUGUGGACUUGGGAAGUGAGACGGAGGAGCUGUUCGCUCUGCUCGGCGUGGCAGAGGGCACGGGCUCAUCGCCGCGCCUCAUAAAGCUUAUCACGGCAGCGCUUGAAACCAAUGUGGAAAAGAACGAAAUGCAGGAGAGGUUUACUACGAGCACGGUGGGCAGCCAACACAUGAUGCCGACUGGGAAGCUGACCGUCUUCCACGGCCUACGGCCGCCGCCCAUUGGGCUCCAGGCCUACGUGGAGCGUGUGGCCAAGUUCACCAAGUGCAGCCCCGUGUGCUUCGUUAUGGCCCUGGUCUACAUGGACCUGCUGGCACAGCGCGACCCGGACAUGCUGCCCACGCCGCUCAACGUGCACCGGCUGCUGCUGAGCGGCGUGCUGGUGGCGGCCAAGCUCACAGACGACCACUACUACAACAACGCAUUCUACGGCAGGGUGGGCGGCGUCAGUGUCCAGGAGAUCAACCGGCUGGAGCUGGAGCUGCUGCGGCUGUUGGACUACCGGCUGCACGUGCCCUGGGAGGAGCUGCGCUGCAUGCUCAAGCAGCUGCUGGCGGGCAGUCUCAGCAUCGGGCAGGGAGAGGGCUGGAGUGCCGCCCUGGGCCGCAAGCGCCGCAGCGUGUCGGGCCACAGCCAGAGCAGCGAGAAGCGCAGCUCGCAGCGCCGCAGCAGCAUCGACUCGUCGCGCUCGCUUGGGGGCGUCUCGGCCUCCGUCUCGGCGUCAGCCACGCCCUCAGCUUCACAGAGCAUCUACCGGGAUGAAGAGGACGAGGAGGAUGAGGGGGAGGAGGAAGAGGAGGUCGCAAACGAGCGGCAGGGGCGCGUCAGCCGGGCGGGCAGCUCGGCUUUGGGGCGUCGCUGAGUACAGCAGCGGGCACCGACGAUUGUACUGGCAAUUGUCGACAGCCUGCACGUCAUGUCGGGUGGGACGCAACAGCUGCCCGGCAACGGAUGAUAGCGGCAUGACGAUCGUUUACUAGGGUAGGACGCUUGUGACGGGGGGUUUGCGAUGACACCGGCGCGGCAGUGCGAUGGUCCGUGGGUAUCGAUGUAGCAGCGUUCAGGCCGGGCUGAGUUCAUGCCGGGCUUGCAUGGUGCUGGUGCGAAGCGGGGCUCUGGCGAGCGGGCCGGCGGGUGUCAGCUGGGAUGAGGGUGCUGGCUUAUGCGCAAUGACAGCGAUGUAUUGGAGGGCCUGGAGCGUGCGGAGUGCAGACGGAGUCAUGCCGGGACAGCUGCAAGCCUGUGGAGUGGGGCGUAUUAGUGCGGAUAGCAUUACAAACAUGACAACACACGAGAUACGACAGAAGGCGUGGGUAUGCGUGGCACCAUCUUUGCCAUUAGUAUCGGUCCUCAUUGUGUGAGCGCGUGUCGCAGGAUGCUAGUUGGCGGUCUUACUUCUUUGUCGUAUCUCUUCUAUACCUGUGGAUUAGGAGAUUGUAGACUGUUUUGUGACGUGUGCCUGUCCUCAAUGCUUUUGGUCCUUCGGUAUUCGGACAAGCUGUUCGGGAGGCCGGGACGAGCAUACAGCAUUCGUGAUGUGCUGUGGCGUUGGCUUAACAGGCUUCGGUGUGGUUGUCUACGUAUGGUCGGACGCUAUGGUAGGAGGCACCAUCGGACGCGGACUUUCAUAAUAGGAGACAUGCAACGGGCUACUAUCACAGACUGAGUGGCCGCAACCGGCCGUGUGGGACUAGCGCAAGGCGCUGCCGGUGCUUUGGGGAAAAGCUGAAGUACCGUAAUGCCGCUGUUUGCAAAGUGGAGCGGCACAGCGCUAGCAUGGAGGAUGAUUAUGACAGGGGCUGAAAGUGUUUCUAGUAUAUUCAAGCGGCAGCCACGAGUUUGGGAAGGAAUGCUGUCUGGAAGCAUUCCUUCUCAUUGCUAGCUGACCUCGGUGGAUGAGCCUCACCGCUUGAGGAAGCGCGCGCGGCUGAGUAUGAGGGCAUGCGCGUGGACAGCAUAUGUGUGCUGCGCUCUGGACGGAACGCGGUUGAAAUGACAUCGUUGGUUGAGGUGCGGCGGUUGUGCAGUACUGGUACCGGUGCUGGCAGAACCCUCCCUUGCGGGCUGUCACCCACUACCAGACAGGCGCGUGGCUCUGUGGGCGCACCUUGCCCACAUUGGCAAUUGCAAAACGCAGGCCUAAUUGGCGCUAGACGGUUGCAUUACGGUAGCACGUUGUAAUUGCAUACCAGG